UACUCCAUAGGGAAGCUUGAGGAGAUAUGGGGAGGCAGCCAUGCUGUGAUAAGCUUAAGGUGAAGAAGGGUCCGUGGACGGCGGAGGAGGACAAGAAGCUUGUCUCCUUUAUCCUUAGCAAUGGCCACUGUUGCUGGCGAGCGGUACCGAAGCUUGCCGGCCUCUUGCGGUGCGGUAAGAGCUGCCGUCUUCGGUGGACGAACUACCUUCGUCCCGACCUUAAGCGAGGUCUUCUCACCGAUGCUGAGGAAAAACUUGUCAUAGACCUUCAUGCUAGUUUAGGCAAUAGGUGGUCCAAAAUUGCUUCAAAACUUCCGGGAAGAACGGAUAAUGAAAUUAAGAACCACUGGAACACUCAUAUCAAGAAAAAGCUUUUAAAGAUGGGAAUUGAUCCAGUCACACACAAGCUCCUUAAUGAUAAAACCAGCUCUACAAUGGCGGCAUCACCAAAUUCGACAGUGACAGAUGAUGGAAAAUUCAGCAAAAAAGAUGAGCCCGUAGAUCAAGAAAAUGCCAUCAAUCAAACCUCAAAAGAAGAGAGUACCAACCCACAACAAAACAGAGAAGAUCAAGUGAUAGGUUUUUUAUGGGAUGAUGAAUUAUCCUUUACUGACAAAUUAUGGAGUUCUCCUGUAAGUAAUGAAGCUUGGGAGAGGAGCUCAGAGUGGCUACUUGAUUACCAAGACUUUGGUAUUGGAGAUCUGGAGCUGGAGAGGGUAGAAAGUGCUGGCUUUGCUGAUGAACAAAUUAAAUUGAACUAAGCUCAAAGGGUUGUGUGGAGGGAGCCCAAAGCCUUUGCUAAUGAAGCUUAGUUUGAAUUGUAAAGUGUGAGGAGAUAGAUGUUUUUGCCUAGUUUUUGGGGUUUCAUCGUCAUGUUUUGACCCCCUAGUUUUAUAUAGUCUUUGUCUUAUUAAAGUUCAUGUGAAUAAGUUGCAUGGAGCACCUAUCUUAAAAGAACAGGUAGGAGUCAUGCAACAAGCACUGUAAAAAGAUGCCAUGUUUUAUUCUCAAGUGAGAAACAUUAUGUAAGCAAUGUAAAUAAUAAGUACU